AUGGAUUCGAAGGCUCUCCUCUGCUGCACUGUAGCUCUGAUCGUUUUGUUUCUGCCGUUGAGUGCUUCCGACGACCGGCUUGUCCCUGGCAAGCCGCUGUCUCCCGGCAACAUCAUCGUCUCCGAUGGCGGCACCUUCGCGUUGGGCUUCUUCAUCCCCUCCAACUCCACUCCAUCCAAGGUUUACCUUGGCAUAUGGUACAACGACAUCCCUGAGUUCACGGUUGUGUGGGUUGCUAACCGUGAAACCCCAGGCACCAACAACACUUCCUCUGCACCGAUGCUCUCCCUCACCAACACCUCAAAUUUCAUCAUCUCCGAAGGUAAUAGUGGUGGCCGUGUCCUUUGGACGACGGCCAACAUGACCACUACCAUUGGCUCAUCUACCCCAACAGCGGUGCUUCUGAACACCGGCAACCUCGUCAUCCGGUCGGCAAACGGUACCACGGUGUGGCAGAGCUUCGACCACCCCACGGACACGCUCCUCCCUGGGAUGAAAAUGCGGAUCAAAUACAGCUCGCCCGACACUCGCGAUCAUCUAGUAUCCUGGAAGGGCCCCGGCGACCCUUCGCCGGGGCGCUUCUCCUUCGGUGGCGACCCAGACACACCCCUCCAAGUAUUCCUGCGAGACGGGGAGAGCUUGGUGACUCGUAGCAACCCAUGGACAGGGAUCCAAGUGGUUAGCUUUAGCCAACAACAGCUAGUAGGGGCAACGAACGUCAGUGAUGUUAUCAUCUACAUGGCCAUCGUCGACAACGGUGAUGAGAUCUAUUCCACAUAUAGCCUCUCUGAUGGCGCCCCGCCCACAAGGUCAGUGUUGAGCUAUUCUGGUCAGGUUCACAUUGAGAUCUGGAGUAGCAGGUUGUCGGUGUGGGUUGUCGUUUCGAUGUGGUCUGCUGAUUGCAACCGCUAUGCUUACUGUGGCCCAUAUGGCUACUGCGACGAGACAGUCGUGCCUAUCCCAACUUGCAAGUGCCUAGAUGGCUUCGAGCCAGCAAACAAGGAGGAGUGGACUAGAGGCAAGUUCUUGGCGGGGUGCCGGCGGAAGGAGCUGUUGCACGGGUGCACAAGUAGUUACGUGGCCAUGUUGGGGAUGAAGUCACCAGAUAAAUUUGCGCUCGUCAGAGGGGGCAAAAGUAAGCCUGAGGAGUGUGUGGCGGAGUGCAACCGCAACUGCUCCUGUGUGGGGUAUGUGCAUCGCAACGUCAGUAGUGGCAGUUUCGGAGGAGCCACGACAAUGUGCUUGCUAUGGGCUGGGGAUUUGAUUGACACUGGAAAAUUACGUGAGCCCGGUGGAGAGACGCUCUAUCUCCGACUUGCAGGUAAAAGGCGAAAAAUCAAUGCAGUUAGGAUUAUGCUGCCAGUUCUAAGCAGUAGUGUUCUCAUACUCGUAUGCAUCUCUCUUGCAUGUUUAAAAUGCAAAGGCAAGAACAAAAAUUGGAGAAAGCACAAGAAUAUAAUAUUGGAUGGUCUAAGUACGUCCGAAGAACAUGGCGGAAAAGGCCCUCCUCAUGAUGAAGAUUUUCUGUUCGUAAGAUUAGAAGAAAUUGUUCUUGCGACCAACAGUUUCUCUGAAGCAUGUAAGAUUGGACAUGGAGGAUUUGGCAAAGUUUACAAGGGGCUAUUAGGUGGUCAAGAAGUCGCAAUCAAGAGGCUAAGUAGAGAUUCUCAACAAGGAACAACAGAAUUCAGGAACGAAGUAAUUCUAAUUGCAAAAUUGCAACAUAGAAACUUGGUUCGACUUCUUGGGUGUUGUGACGAAGGAGAUGAAAAGCUCUUGAUAUAUGAGUAUCUUCCUAACAAGAGCUUAGAUGCUACCCUUUUUGAUGACUCAAGAAAAUUGUUGUUGGAUUGGGCAACACGGUUCAGUGUAAUCAAAGGGGUUGCAAGGGGGCUUCUAUAUCUUCAUGAAGACUCAAGGUUCACCAUAAUUCAUAGGGACCUAAAAGCUGGAAAUAUUUUGCUAGAUGCAUAUAUGAAACCCAAGAUAGCAGAUUUUGGUAUGGCGAGGAUCAUUGGUGAUAACCAGCAAAACGCAAAUACCCAACGUGUAGUUGGAACAUAUGGCUACAUGGCUCCUGAGUAUGCAAUGGAAGGUUUCUUCUCUACCAAGUCUGAUGUCUAUAGCUUUGGCGUGUUACUACUGGAGGUUGUAACUGGUAUAAGGAGAAACUCCAAUAGUCAAACCAUGGGAUUCCCUAGCCUCACUGUAUAUUCAUGGAAUAUGUGGAACGAAGAGAAGACCGAGGAAUUGCCAGACUCAUCUAUCGAAAAUACUUCACCAGAAGAAGUUUUGCUUUGUGUCCAUCUUGCACUCUUGUGUGUCCAAGAGAACCCAGACGACAGGCCGCUAAUGUCAUCAGUUGUGUUUGUCCUAGAGAAUGGAAGCACCACACUUGCAACCCCCAAUCGCCCUGCCUAUUUUUCACGGCGGAAUGUUGAAGUGGAUGAAUUAAGAAAUGAUAUCCACACUUGCGUGAAUAGUUUGACUCUUAGCGAGAUAGAUGGCCGGUGA